CAAAAAAGGAGUAAUCGCGAAUGCGAUUUUGGUUGAUUUUUAUUUGCAACCCCUUAAUUUUAAAAUUACCGUUAAUUCCGAACUCUAUAUAUUGCAUAAAAUUUGCAACAAAAGAAGUUCUUCUGUGGUGCACUAAGUAGAGGCUGUAGCUCAUGUAGAACUAUUUUCUUUAAAUUGACUUCGUUUGUUACAAGUUAUUUUGCGCGGGAAGCCGGGAAUUGCCUCUAAAAUCUUGUGAUGAGAAUUUAACCUGAUUUUUAUGCCCUCCUUCAAGAUGACUGAUGCUUUGUGCCAUUUGGUUGUGGACGGUAACGAGGUAUUGGAACUAAAAUUAGUGAGGUCUCCAGACGAUAUUGAGGAUGAAGAAACCAGUUUUGCUCCAGAGAUGUGCCACCAAGUGUUUGGCGAAAACGAAAAUAUUUUUGGCUAUACAGAUUUGCGUAUACGACUCUACUACACUGCUGGGAGUCUUCAAACAUAUCUCGGAAUUGAAUACUCUGAAAAGAUUGAGCCCAGUAUUUCUGAAGGCAUGAAAGCUGAUGAUGUAGAAGGAGCUAUGAAAAAAAUCUUGGCACCUGGUUAUACAACAAAUUUGGACCAGUUUGUCUCACUGUUAGAAAAGGACAAAGCAUUCAGGCCAAUGGGAAAAAUGCUACAUUCCUUUACAGCCACUUCCCAUGACGGGGGAGACAAACAAACAUUUGAAGUGUACUUCUGUGACACAACCACGCCGGGCUUCCUUGCCUUCCACGAGCGGCUGCAGACAUUCCUGCUGUGGUAUGUGGACGCAGCCUCCUUCAUUGAUGUGGAUGAUGACCAGUGGACCUUCUUUACAGUAUUCGAGAAGUACCCUACGAGCGAGGGCGGGCACGCGUACGCGGCGGCGGGGUACGCGACGGUGUACCGCUACUACGCGUACCCCGCGCACGCGCGCCCGCGCGUGUCGCAGGUGCUCACGCUGCCGCCCUUCCGCAAGCUCGGCGUCUGCGCCAACCUGCUUACGGCCAUCUAUUCACACUUCAUAAUACUUCCAGAAGUAAUAGAUAUGACUGUAGAAGAUCCAUCUGAAGAUUUCCAGAGAAUCAGAGAUUAUGUAGAUUGCAAAAACUGUGAAACACUGCCAGCAUUUUAUCCAGCAAAGCUGUAUCAAGGGUUUUCGCCUGAGAUGGUGUCGCAGGCGUGCGCCAAGUUCAAGAUCAACAAGAAGCAGGUGCGGCGCGUGUACGAGAUCCUGCGCCUGCGCGCCACCAACACUUCCGACAAGGCGCAGUACCUGCAGUACCGGCUCGACGUCAAGAACAGGCUCAACGCUCCCUUCCAGAAAAAGAAAUUAGAAAUGAAGAAGCUGGAGAAAGUGCUGAAACCGGAAGAGUACGCGGCGACGCUGAGCUCGCUGGGCGUGAACGAGACGCAGGGCCGACUCGCCAGCCAGUACCUCGCGCUGGAGGCCGACUACCACCGCGUGCUGCACCGCCUAGACCACGACUAACCGCCACACACCGCUCAACUAAUACACCUGCCUCAGGGGCCUAGCCCAGCAACAAUCGUUGAUAGAUAACGCCAAUAGAAACUUAAAUAAUGUAUGGGAACGACGUAGACUAAGAAUCCUCUAGGCCGAGUUUAGAGCAAUUAUUUCAUGCAACCGAUGAUGCCAAAAAUGCGGGGGUGUGUGCGGGACGAGGUGAGCGAAGUCCCGUGCCGUGAUUGGUCCGUUCAAAGACACGGACGUCACACAAAGACACUUUCGACUCGAACAUGGAGUAAAAUUACCGUAUGCGUGGCAGAGGGGGUAGCGCGACUAUGCUCAGUCUGGAGGAUGUUUUGUCUGUGGGGAACGAUGACGUGAGCCGGUGGCGGAGCGUCAACUAAUCUAGCCGUAUAUAGGCGAAGUCGCAUAAGCGAGGACCUUUUCUUUCAAUGCAAGUUCACCAGUUAAUAAUAAGGGUUGCCUCCCGCGGGGCCACCUUAAGGCCGAGGCCGUUGGUUGAGGAACCGCUUCGUGACUCCGUCAUGUCGAUAGGUACAUGUUUCCAAGCAGCGUUGGUCGAUAAACGAUUGUCGUCUGGGCUACGGCCCCAUCAAUGAGACACUCGCAGUUCGUGAUUAUCAAAUGCGAAAUCAUUCAUUUACUAUUUACGACUAUUAGUUCAGUUGUUUUUGGUUUAUCAAAAAUGUCCAAAAAUUCAUGUCUAAUAUUAGUACCUAAUAAUAAUGAUGUAAUGUAUCCAGUAUGAGUUAGUAUUUUAGUGAUCUUUUUAUAUCAUUUUAUGUAAAGACGCAGGCAGUUCUUUAUGUGAUGUAAAAUGAUCAAAUGUUGAACAGCAAGGACUUGUAAUUAAAAUUGUGUUAAAUUUGGCUGUAUACUCAAAGGUCGAUAAACUGUAGGAAUAUCGACCUUUAAUUAAACAUGAUGGCAGGGAUUAGGAUAGGAUAUCGAAAUGCAUGAGUUGAAAUGUUAUUGGUUAAGAUAAAUAAUGACUGUAAUUGGUAUUAGUGUGUAGCUUUCCCUCGGAGCUGGUUUCUUUUUAUUUUUAUGGAAAGCUAGACUAGUCAUUUAUUAUGGAAUUCCACACUUAAAAUGUAAUCACCUCUUUGGAGUCGCCCGGCGAUGGCGGCAAUUGGACGUGAGAAAGUGUCUUGAGCCCUUUGUUGUUUUAUGUAAUUUCUUUUUUAAAUAUUACCAUGUGACAAUGUGUGCAAAGUGUUCGCCUGUGUUAGUGCCUUUUAUGCAUGGGAUGUAAAUUGGAUUGGAUCAAACGUGGUAAUUAAGCCAAUCGCCUAUACCAACGCCAAAAUAUAAUCAAUAGCCCAAGUGGGACUAUUGCAGCAUGCUCAACAAUAACAACAACCAAAUCCAGCAGAUAGUUGGCUGACCAUGAAAGAGCUUUCAAUGGAAUCUAAGUAACAGCUCCCAUAUCAGUCAGUAAUAUGAACAAGUAAAAUCAUUUGGACAAUGACAAUCAAGACAAGCCUACCACAAGCGUCUGCAAUAGAGUGGCAGUAGUGGCACCAACAGGGUUUACCAAGGACAUACCAAGGAAAAACAGCUUUAUCUCAUUUUAUGGCAGAAAGUCGCUGCACUUUUCUCAUUGUAUUGUAUUUUAACCUCUUACUGACGUGCAGUCAGCGUCAAUAUAUUGUAGCAACCGUCACACCGUACCUAUACAGGGUGGCCAAAAAAUAAGUGCAAUUACCCUCCAUAGAAAAUGGACCAGCCAAAAUGGCAAAAUUUUUGUUUCGCAAUUUCGGGGUUGGUCCCAUAGUAAAAGUUGCUAAGUAUAAUGCCGAAACAUCCAUGGCAACGGGAAUGCGCUUAUUUUUUGGCCAACCUGUAUAUGGUGUAACGAACCACUUUAGCAGCUAUAUAAUAUAUUAUUUGAUGCUGACUGUACAAAAUCUCUAAAAUUAUUUGAAAUACAUGUCAAUGUUAUAAAAUUCUAUUUAUAAUCCAAUCUUAAUAUUAAAGCAAUAGUUUUCGUGGUACCUACUGUGUUAAUAUUGCAAUCCUUCCAUUUAUAGUUCGUUCGCGUUAAGAAUGCAGUAUAAUCGUUGUCCGCCGGCCUAGCCACGCCGGUAACCAGCCAAAUCGUUCCUGAUUAGAAAAUUAAGUUCACUGCAUUCUUAACGCAGACCAACUAUAAUGAGAUUGCUUAUACAUCAAUACAUUAACGUUUUAUUUUCAGCUAACCUUAGAUGAACAUUAUCUUAAUUGAAUCGGAUAAUUUUUCAAGUAAAAUGUUGAUUUUUAUAAUAAA